AUGUCCAAAUUCAUGAACAAGCUGAAGGGCAAGCUCAACAAGGAUAAGGAGCCAGAAUCCUCCCCAGCAGCGCCUUCCACGUCCACCGCGGCACCGACAGCGUCUGCCCCAGCUGCCACCGGCGCCGGUGGGCAAUGCUAUUUCGAUCUUUCGAUCAAUGGCGGUACAGAAGCUCGCGUUAUAUUCACCCUCUACGACGACGUAGUUCCACGAACGACCGCCAACUUCCGCGCUCUAUGCACCGGCGAGAAAGGAUUUGGAUACCGAGGCUCGAAGUUCCACCGCAUCAUCCCGCAGUUCAUGAUUCAGGGCGGUGAUUUCACGAGGGGCGAUGGCACUGGAGGCAAAUCCAUCUACGGCGAGCGCUUCAACGACGAGAACUUUCAGCUUAAGCACACUCGACCGUAUCUGCUGUCUAUGGCCAAUGCGGGCCCGAAUACGAAUGGCUCGCAAUUCUUCCUCACGACAGUUGCGACACCGCAUCUGGACGGCAAGCACGUUGUAUUCGGGGAGGUAGCCUCAGGUGAGGAUUAUGUCAAGGCAGUCGAGUCCAUCGGGUCGAGCUCGGGGCAACCUAAAUCUGAGGUUGUGAUCGUGGAGUGUGGGACGCUGUGA